AUGGCUCAUUCUCGUUCAGCACGGGACUUUGUUGCACUUUCAGACCUGCAUCCAAACCUCGCUCGUCCUAAUGUAAUCGGGGUGGUUAUUGGGAAAACAGAUGUCAGAAGCUUUCCAGACCGAAAAAACAUUGGCGCUGAAAGAUACACCUUCAAUUUUACCAUUCGUGAUUCCCCAACUUGUUUCAUUAAUGUCCAGUCGUGGGGCAGAGAAGAAUACAUCAGAUCCCUCUCAGAAAGCUUCAGGGUUGGUGACUGUGUUACAAUUGAAAAUCCUUUAAUUCAGUCAAAGGAAGCAGAAAGAGAAGAAAAAUUCAACCCUGUAACUCCUAGUGGCUACAAAUUAUUGCUCAGUGAAAACCACUCUGUGGUCAAAACCUCUUCCUGCUACGACACAGACACCAAGCUCCUGGCUCUGCUGCACCUGCCUGUCAAGGACCCUCAGGAUUAUUAUUCCCUGGGGGACAUCGUGGCAAAUGGACAAAGCCUCCAUGGGAGAGUCCUCAACGUGCUGGCAGCUGUGAUGGCAGUUGGGGAGCCCAAAUAUUUCAUGACUUCAGACAAAAGGAAAGGCCAGAGGUGUGAAGUCAAGCUGUAUGAUGAAACAGAGAGGUCUUUCCCAAUAGUAUGCUGGGAUAAUGAAUCCAUCCAGCUGGCACAGAGUUGGGUCCCCCAAGAAACAGUUAUAUUUGCAUCAGAUGUCAGAAUCAAUUUUGACAAAUUUAGGAACUGCAUGACUGCAACUGUGAUAUCCAAAACCAUCAUUACAACUAACCCAGAAACAGCAGAAGCAAAUGUUCUCUUCAGCUUCAUCAAAGAGAGCGCCCAGGCAGGAGUUCUGCCCAGCCCAGUGAAGGAAAUGGCAAAUGAAACCAUUAACUUGGAGGCUGUAGUGGACGUCUACACAGUGGAACAGCUGAAAGAAAAAGCUCUGCAGAGUGAUGGGAAGCUGGAGCCUCUCCAUGGAAUUAUUUAUGGCUACAUUUCCACCCUGGACAUUGAUGAGAACGUGUCCAGAGUCCUGCGCAACAGAUGCUCAAUCUGCCGGUUCAUCGUGAACGAAGCAUCAAACACCUGCACCUUCUGCAGUGAUGUCUCUCCAGAGGCCAAGUCCACCUUUGCCAGCUUUGACAUCCUGGUGGAUGUGACAGAUCACACGGGCACCCUGCGCUCCUGCUACCUGUCCGACUGUGUCGCUGAGGAAAGCCUGGGCUGCACAGUCCAUGAAUUCCUCAUGCUGGAAGAAAACCAGAAGACUGCACUGAAAUGGCAACUCCUCUUGGAACGAAGCAAGAUUUACUUCAAAGUUACUUUGUCACCCAAUUGGAGAACAGGAUUAAAAGUGAAUCUUCUUUCCUGCAGACUGGCAGAUCCUGUAGAGGCGAGUCAGAGCUUGUUGGGAAGAGAGUGGAAUUAUUAAUAAAUGCUAGGAAAG